AUGGAGGAAGCAAAGGAAACGUCCAAGAGCGCGCUGAAGAAGGCAGAGAAGCAGGCCAAGAUGGCGGCUGCAAAGGCCGAGAAGGCGGCCAAGCAGGCUGCGCUCCCUGUGAUCGGCGGCAAGAAGACGGACGACAUCAUCGGCAUCACCGUGUCCAAGUCGGAGAACUUCUCGCAGUGGUACCAGGAGGUCGUUCUCAAGGCCGAGCUGAUCGAGUACUACACGGAAAUCUCGGGCUUCUUCAUCAUGCGCCCCAACACCAUGCACAUCUGGAACGUCAUCAAGAAGUGGUUCCAGGAGCGCAUUGAGGGCUUGGGCGUCGAGGAGACCAACUUCCCUAUGUUCUUGUCGCAAAAGUCGCUGGAGAAGGAAAAGUCCCACGUCGAAGGCUUCGCCCCCGAGCUAGCCUGGGUCACAAAAGCAGGCGACAAGGAUCUCGAGGUCCCCGUGGCAGUGCGCCCGACCUCUGAAGCUGUCAUGUACCCCUACUACUCCAAGUGGAUUCGGAGCCACAGAGACCUCCCCCUCCGACUGAACCAGUGGAACUCGGUCGUGCGUUGGGAGGCCAAGCAAACCACUCCUUUCCUCCGAGCGAGAGAAUUCCUCUGGCAAGAAGGGCACACGGCACACCUGACAGAGAAGGAUGCCGGCGUCGAGGUACUCCAGAUUCUCGAGUUUUACGCGGGCGUGUACGAGCAGCUGCUUGCCGUUCCCGUCGUCCGGGGGAAGAAGACUGAGGAGGAGAAGUUCGCCGGUGGUUACUACACAACCACGGUAGAAGGGUAUAUUCCCUCCAACGGCCGUGGCAUCCAGGGUGCCACGUCCCACUGCCUCGGACAGAACUUCUCCAAGAUGUUCGACAUCACGGUGGAGGACCCCGCGGAAAAGGGCAAGCACAUUCACGUGUGGCAGAACUCGUGGGGUCUCUCUACCCGUGUCAUUGGUGUCAUGGUCAUGAUCCACGGAGACGACAAGGGUCUCGUCCUUCCCCCGCGCAUUGCCAAGAUCCAGACGAUCCUUAUCCCCGUCGGCCUUACCGCCAAGAUGACGGCCGAGGACAAGGAAAAGCACCUUGUGCAGUUUGAGGAGCUGUACCAGGUCAUAAAGAAGGCCGGCAUCCGCGCCGAUGUUGACCUUCGGGAUGGCUAUACCCCGGCCUGGAAGUUCAACGACUGGGAGCUCAAGGGCGUCCCCCUCCGGAUCGAGUUUGGUCCCAAGGACGCCGCAAAGGACGUCAUCAGCUAUGCCCGCAGAGACACGGGUGAGAAGGGCACCAUCCCCAUCUCGGAGCUGACUACCAAGAUCCCCGAGCUCCUGGAGAUCAUCCAGCAGGACAUGUACAACAAGGCUGAGGCCUCGUUCAGGGAACACCGAGUCAAGAUUACCAAGUGGGACGAGGUUGUUCCGGCCCUGGACGCCAAGAACGUUGUCAUCAUCCCCCACUGCCUGUUCCCUGAGUGCGAGAAAAGGAUCAAGAAGCUCACCGAGGGGCACGAGGAGCCCGAUACCCCUGAGGGGCAGAAGGCUCCUUCCAUGGGAAUGAAGAGUCUCUGCAUUCCGUUUGACCAGCCCGAGGGCCUGGUCAAGGGCGAGACAAAGUGCCUGAACCCGGAGUGCACCCGGCUAGCGGAGGAGUGGUGCAUGUUUGGGCGGAGCUACUAA